AUGCUUCAGGAAGGUGCACAUGGAAAAUGGACAGUAUCUAGCAGUGAUGAAAGUACUGAGGAAAAUUCUGACAGUGAAAAACCAUCUACAUCUUCAGUAUCGGAUGCUGCACGUGACAGGACAAGUGGGCCGCAAUAUCCAUGUUCUGAAGCAAGGAAAGCUGCUCACAAGAGGAAAGCUUCCCCCCUGAAGUUCAGUGAUAAAAGCUUUUCUGCAGAAGCACCUCCAGCAGGAAAACAGAGAACUAGCCAAGAAGGCUCAGGCUGGUGCCUUUCUAGUAGUGAUGAAGAGCCUGAAGAUCAGGAAAAGCAUGCCCACAAAGAAACACUGAAAGAAGAAGAAUCUGAUGCACCCAAAGACCAUCCUCUGAAUCUUUGCAAAGAUGAUGAACUCUCAGAGAAGGAGAAAGCAGAGGAUUAUUAUGAAGUACCCAGUGAAGCCCAGGAUACCUGGGAUUUGUUGAAUGGAGGGAACCCUUUCAGGUUUUUUCUCACUAAAGUCAGAGGAAUUCAACAGAGCUAUAAUUCUGGAGCCCUGCACAUAAAAGAUAUCUUGUCUCCUCUUUUUGGAACUCUGGUUUCUUCUGCCCAGUUUAACUACUGCAUAGAUGUGGCCUGGCUUGUUAGACAGUAUCCGCAGGAAUUCAGGAAGAAGCCAUUGUUGAUAGUUCAUGGUGAAAAGAGAGAAUCUAAAGCUGAAUUGCUUGCACAAGCACGGCCAUAUGAGAACAUUAGCUUUUGUCAGGCUAAACUGGAUAUUGCAUUUGGAACUCACCAUACGAAAAUGAUGUUGUUGUUAUAUGAAGAAGGUCUUCGAGUUGUGAUACAUACAUCCAAUCUCAUUGCUGAAGAUUGGCACCAGAAAACUCAGGGAAUAUGGUUAAGCCCUUUAUAUCCAAGGCUACCUCAGGGAACAAGUGGUUCUGCUGGUGAAUCUGCAACUAAUUUUAAAUCUGACCUAAUAAGCUACUUGAUGGCUUACAAUUCUCCUACACUCAAGGAAUGGAUAGAUCUGAUUCAAGAACACGAUUUAUCAGAGACAAGAGUGUAUCUGCUUGGUUCUACCCCUGGACGAUAUCAAGGUAGAGAUAAAGAAAAGUGGGGUCAUCUUAGGCUGAGAAAGCUUUUGAAAGACCAUGCUUUGUCAAUACCAGCGCAGGAAUCCUGGCCUGUUGUUGGACAGUUCUCAAGCAUUGGUUCAAUGGGAGCUGAUGGGUCCAAAUGGCUGUGCUCAGAGUUCCAGGAGAGCCUGGUGGCUGCAGGCAGUUGUGUGACGAGUCUUAAAUGUGAUGUUCCAAUUCACUUGGUUUAUCCUACUGUGAACAAUGUGAGGCAAAGUCUGGAAGGCUAUCCUGCUGGUGGCUCACUUCCGUACAGUAUACAGACAGCACAGAAACAGCUGUGGUUGCAUUCCUAUUUUCACAAAUGGUCAGCCGAAGUCUCAGGUCGAAGUCAAGCUAUGCCUCACAUUAAGACAUACAUGAGAUCUUCUCCUGACUUCCAGAAGAUUGCAUGGUUCUUAGUUACAAGUGCUAACCUAUCUAAAGCAGCUUGGGGAGCUCUGGAGAAAAAUGGCACCCAACUGAUGAUCCGCUCUUAUGAACUUGGAGUCCUUUUCUUGCCUUCAGCAUUUGGAUUGGACAAAGGUUACUUUCAUGUGAAAGGAAAAAUGCUUUCAGAAAGUGAUAAUCCAGCAACAUACUUUCCUGUACCUUUUGACCUCCCACCAGAACAGUAUGGAAGCAAAGAUCAACCAUGGAUUUGGAAUAUUCCUUACACUAAUGCCCCUGAUACACAUGGAAAUAUGUGGCUUCCGUCGUGA